AUGGUCGCCCAAAUCGCUAACGUUGCAGACUUCGACAAAGUCAUCCAAGCUGAUAAAUUGGUCGUUGUCGACUUUUUCGCUACCUGGUGUGGUCCUUGCAAGAUGAUCGCACCAAUGCUAGAAAAGUUUGCUGCUGAAUACUCGUCUGCCGAUUUCUACAAGUUGGACGUCGACGAGGUGCCAGAAGCUGCUUCCAAGAACGAUGUCUCUGCCAUGCCUACCAUCGUGCUUUUCAAAAACGGUAAGAUUGUGGACAAGGUUGUCGGUGCUAACCCAGCUUUGAUCAAGCAGAAGAUCGCUGCCAAUGCUUAA